UGCCUCCCAUUGGUUGACGAUCUGUCAAUCAGCAGGUCAAGGCCUGGAGUCCGGACAUGGAGCGGGGCGCCGGGCGCUUUCUCUCGGACAACUCAUACAAGGAAAAUCUGAUUGGAACGUUGUUGGCCAUCUUUGGGAAUCUUGUCAUCAGUAUCUCUCUGAAUGUGCAGAAAUACAGCCAUGUGCGGUUAUCAGGCACCAAAGACCCUCGGUCGUAUUUCCGGACGAAGACUUGGUGGUUGGGAUUGGUGCUGAUGUUACUAGGAGAGCUGGGAGUCUUCAUUUCAUAUGCCUUUGCUCCACUAUCACUUGUCACUCCACUCAGUGCUGUUUCCAUUGUUGCCAGUUCAAUUUUAGGAAUUCUGUUCCUGAGGGACAAGUGGAAACCCCAAGAAUUUCUGCGGCGUUACGUACUGUCAUUCCUUGGCUGCGCUUUGACUGUGAUAGGAAUCUAUCUGCUGGUCACAUUUGGACCAAAUACUCAUGAGCAGCUCUCCAGCAGGAACCUGGAACUGCAUCUUCUAGGAUGGCCAUUCCUCCUCUACCUGCUUGUGGUGAUCGUUAUUUUCUGUCUCCUCCUGUACUUCUACAAAAGACAAAAUGUGGCCUACCUUUUGAUUAUAUUACUGCUGGUGGCUCUACUGGGAUCAGUGACUGUUGUUGCAGCAAAGGGCGUGUCAGGAAUGAUCAUUCUGUCGAUCCAGGGGAACGUGCAGCUAGUUUAUCCUAUAUUCUAUGUGAUGCUUGUGUGUAUGAUUGCAGCAGCAAUUUAUCAAGCAGCGUUUCUGCGAGAGGUCUCUGAGUUAUACGAUGCAUCCCAGAUUGCUAGCCUCAGCUAUAUUCUAUCCACAACAAUUGCUGUAAUCGCUGGGGCCACAUUUUAUUUGGAGUUCAAAGGUGCCGAUGCUCUUCACAUCUGCAUGUUCAUUUUUGGCUCCUGCAUCGCUUUCCUAGGAGUAUUUUUGAUUACACAGAGUAAGAAGAAGAAGAUGUUUGAACCGUAUGUCGUGAUGGAUGUGAUUCCAGGACUGAGGAGCAUGUUUGAUAAGAAGAGCCCAGUACAGCCAGAACUCAGUGGCUCCUUCUCCUAUGGCACCUUGGAGAACAGUGGUAAUCCUGCCAAUAAUCAGCAGCUACCAGAAGCUCAUCAGGAACCCAAUUCAGUUCACUCAGUCAUGGAGUCAAAGUUGGAGUGAACUGAGCCCAACAGGAGAUAGUGAAACCUGGCCCACUCCCAGUUUCUCACGAAUACUGCAGCCUGUGGUGGAUGGAGCAGCAUGACUGCAGAUUGGACCAACAGUGUCUCUUCAGUUCCUGUUCUGCUGCUCCUGGGUUUGUUGGCGCAACAGGAAAUUUGUACUUGCACUAUACGCAGAAUGCAACCAUGGACUGGGUCCUGGAUCCAGCCAGUAUUCUGAGAUCCCCAAUCUACUCCUCACCCUCAUUCAAUUGGUUUAUCUGCUUUACUCCUGGGUCUUGCGUGGUUACCUGGGUUACUGCCCAGCUCCUGACUUGACCAGUAGUCAGUCUCGAGCUCCUGCAAACAGUGGGGUUCUUUUUUGAAAAUGGAAAGCUUCAGGUUUAUCAAGUUAUUUAAUGUAUUUGCUUUGUGCUGUACGAAACAGAGUUCCUGUUUUGAUUUGGGAGCGUUCAUGUUUUAGUUUUUUUAUAUAUAAAGAUUAGUGCUGAUGGCUUUCUGCACUUAAUCCCAGUGAAUGAAGAAAACUGGUCUGAAGAUUAGGGAGGCAAAUAAAUCAAAGUGAGCGUGAACUGCCAUGCAUUUGGAGCUCAUUGCAUUCAAGGCAGAAUCAUGUGUACACAAUUAGUUGGCGUAUAUAGAGAAAAACAGAUGAGAGGGAGGAGACAGAUGGAGGGUGAAGGAGGGACAUGAUUGGAGAUGGGCUGGUGGACAUGGAGACCAAGAGUUGCAUGUGGAGAUGGAUGGAGGGCUGCUGGGUAGAUGCAGAGGAGUGUGGGGAUGAUAGUGUGUUGGAGACUGAUUUGUGUAGGAGAGGGUUAGGUGGCCCGGGUCAGUGUUCUUUUCCAGUAGCAAAUGGCCUUUUGCUAGCUCUUUGCAAAAGCGUUCAUUGACUUAUGGGUAAAUGUGUGGAGCAUGAGAGCUGACAGUGAGAGUCUGCAGGGCGAUUCUUCUACUGUGCCCACACUGACAGUUUAGAAUUAUUAAAUAGUAACACCACCUCAGCAGUUAUAUUCACCUCACCUCUCGAGUUUUGUUCUUUUAUCCUUUUUUGGAUCAAGACGAUGUUAUGGGACAUUUAGAUGUUACACUUUAAGGGAUAAAUGAUACCUUGACACUAAAAGCAAUUUAGAGGCUAGUAUCAGUAGGAUCUCUGUAGACCCUGUGUAGACAGGGAACGAUACUAAUGAAAAUGUUCUAAGAAGGCCUUGGAUGGUGACAGUGUAGGGCAGAGAUUGAAAAAUGAGUAUUCAGCAACACCUCGGGUAAGAUUGAUUGAUUGUUUAUACCCUGACAGGUUGAAGGGCAUAUGAUCCAAUGACACAGAAGGAACAUCUUUAUCUCUGUAUGAAGGAAGAUUGGAAUAUAGAUAAGAGGGUGCUGAUAGUAUAAGGGUAAUCAUGCAUGCUAAAGAGGCUUGCUUCAGUCUGAUAACUCAGACAGAUCUCUCCCUGCUUCGCUUGAAUAAAACCUUCAUAAAAUCA